UUUGCAUCACCCAGGCUCGGAGCCGGAGCCGGGCUCGCGGCGUCCCCGGGACACUCGCAGCGGAAGCGGGGAAGGCUCUGCACGCAUCGACGGGGCGCGACCUAGACGUGGGGCACGAGAUCGGCCGCAGCCGAGCGGACCGCGUUCCCCCUGCCGGUGCCCGGGCGGCUCGGAUCCUAGGCGGCGCCGGGACCCGCGCGGGGCGCCAGCACGAGAUGCAAGCCACCCCUCUCGCUGCUCCUGCUGGUCCCCACUCCAGAAAGAAGGGGUUGGAGUCCAGUGAUGACUUAGAUACUGAUUGUCCUAUCGUGAAACGAGCUCGGAGUAGACCCCAGCCUGGGCUGCCAACCUGCCCACUGUCCCUGAGCCCACCGCCUGGUCCAGACGGUGCACCUGCCAUAGCCCCUGCCUCCCAGCUGGGACCUUAUAUCCUCCUGGAGCCUGAGGAGGGUGGGCGGGCCCACCGGGCCCUGCACAGCCCCACAGGUCUGGAGUACACCUGCAAGGUGUACCCGGUCUGUGAGGCCCGGUCUGUUCUGGAGCCCUACGCACAGCUGCCCCCCAGCCAGCUUGUGGCCCGGCCCGUUGAGGUCCUACGGGGCCCUCAGCUCUACGUCUUUUUCUCUCGGACCUGUGGGGACAUGCACAGCCUGGUGCGCAGGCGCCGCCGCAUCCCCGAGCCCGAGGCCGCUGCGCUCUUCCGUCAGAUGGCCACCGCAGUGGCGCACUGCCACCAGCACGGCCUGGUCCUGCGCGACCUCAAGCUGCGACGCUUUGUCUUCACCAACUGGGAGAGGACCAAGCUAGUACUGGAAAACCUGGAAGAUGCCUGUGUGCUGACCGGGCCAGACGACUCUCUGCGGGACAAGCAUGCGUGUCCAGCCUACGUGGGACCUGAGAUCCUCAGCUCCAGGACAUCCUAUUCCGGCAAGGCAGCAGAUAUCUGGAGCCUGGGUGUGGCCCUCUUCACCAUGUUGGCUGGCCACUACCCCUUCCAAGACUCAGAGCCUAUCCUGCUUUUUGGCAAGAUCCGCCGUGGGGCCUUUGCGCUGCCUGAGGACCUCUCAGCCCCGGCCCGCUGCCUGGUCCGCUGCCUCCUUCGGCGGGAGCCAGCAGAGCGACUCACAGCCCUGGGCAUCCUGCUGCACCCAUGGCUGCGAGACGACCCCAUCCGCUUGGUCCCAUCCCGAUCCGGCCACUGCGAGGCUGACCAGGUGGUCCCUGAUGGACCACGGCUGGAGGAGGCUGAGGAGGAGGUGGGCGAAGGAGAGCUGAGUCUCUAUGGCUAGGGCCACUGUAGUAGAUGCUGAGCUUCCAACAGCAGGCUGAGUUUGGGGGUCUUCCAGCUUCCUCUUGCCUCUUUGGAAUGAACCAAACCUAAGUGCCUUGUGGGAGGGACAAAGGGGAGCAGGUGUGCUACGGGCGCACCUGUGCUCUUCCACCCACGUUUUAGCUGGGGUGCUGUGUGUGUGUGUACGGCUUGUUUUGUGUGCUGGGAAAAUAGCAGUAAGCAAGGGAAACAAGACUCCCAGCUGGCAGAGCUGGCAUGUGCCACAAGACUGGCAUGGCACACUUCAUACCAGGGUCAUCCUUCACGUGUGCUGUGCCAGACCCUGCUGACAUAGCACAGUCCUCUCAUGACAACCUAGCUGCCUGGGAUCUAGCACCUUUCACAGAAAGAGCAGCUCUGUGCCAAAGGCUGCAGGCCUGACCCUGCAACUCAAUACUGUGAACGUGGGUCAGGCCGGAGCUGGCCUUCUUCAGCUCUGGCUUCCCAUCAAGACUUUCUUUGGAGCUGGGCGCCGGUGCUCAUACCUGUAAUCCUAGCUACUCAGGAGGCUGAGA